AUCGUGGACUCCUAGACUCGGAACUGAAUCGAGGAAGGGGGAGGGGAGAGAAGAACCUGCCUUUAAAACCCUUCUACCUCCUUCCUCUUUUGCUCUGAAUCCCGUCUGGAUCCCCAUUUCCAGUUCUCUCUUCGAUUGAGGGAUCGAUUUGCGUGAUCUGCUUUGUUGUGUCUUCAGAUCGUUUCGCUCAGAUGCCUACUACUGGAAGCGGGUUUCUCCUCGUCCUCUCCCUGUCCUUUCUCCUCUGUUCGGGUCUGGACGCCCUCCGUGCGCUCGGGGAUAGGAGCAGAGACGUAGCCGACGCCGCCGUGGAGCUCAACGCCUCCAACUUCCGGAGCUUUCUAAAGGAGUCCCCGCUCAAGUUCGCCGUCGUCGAGUUCUUCGCUGGCUGGUGCCCUGCUUGCAGAAACUAUAAGCCUCAAUAUGAGAAAGUUGCUAGUCUUUUCAACGGACCAGAUGCAGUGCAUUCUGGGAUUAUACUCUUGGCACGUGUCGAUUGUGCUUUGGAGACAAAUACAGAGCUUUGUGGUUCAUUUUCUGUUUCACAUUAUCCUAUGCUAUUUUGGGGGCCUCCAAAAAAAUUCUCAGCUGGACGAUGGGACCCUAAGAAAAACAAUGAGAUACAAUUGAUUGAUGAGUGGAGAACAGCAGACCUCUUGCUCAAUUAUCUAAACAAGAAAAUUGGCAGUUCUUUUACAUUAGGCGAUGAGAAAUAUGAAAAUGAGAACACACUUGCAAGGAAUGCAUCUGAUCCUGCAGAGAUUGCUAGAGCAAUUUAUGAUGUUGAGGAAGCAACAGCACAGGCAUUUAAAAUAAUUUUCCAGAAUAAGAUGAUAAAGUCAAAUACACGUGGACCCCUUAUUAAAUUUCUCCAGCUUUUGGUUGUUCAUCAUCCUUCAAAAAGAUGUAGGAAGGGUAGUGCUGAAAUGCUGGUGAAUUUCAACAAUUUGUGGCCUUCAGAUCUUCUUUCAAUGAGCUCACAGGAAACUAAUCUCUUGGAAGAUGGAGAUACUUCUACAAACUAUCAGAUCUGUGGAAAAGAAAUUCCUCGUGGAUAUUGGAUAUUUUGUCGUGGGAGCAUAAAGGGCACUAGAGGAUUUAGCUGUGGCCUGUGGGUUUUGUUUCACUCUCUCUCAGUUAGAGUUGGAGAUGAGGAGAGCAAUUUGGCUUUUAUGGCGAUAUGUGAUUUUAUUCAGAACUUUUUUACUUGUGAUGACUGCCGACGGCAUUUUCAUGUGAUGACCUCAAGCAUCUCAGAGCCAUUAAACAAAACGCGUGACCUAGCAUUGUGGCUAUGGAGUGCACAUAACAAAGUCAACAAGAGAUUGAGGGAAAAAGAAAAUGAAUUGAAAACUUUUGAUCCAAGAUUUCCAAAGAUUCUGUGGCCUCCAAAGCAGCUUUGCCCAUCAUGCUAUAAAUCUUCCAACGAGAAUAAUGAUCUUGAAAACAUAAUCUGGGAUGAAGAUGAAGUAUUUAAGUUUUUGGUCAAUUACUACGGAAGGACAAUUGCCUCUUUGCAGGAAGAAUCAUAUCUUAGCAGCAGCAAAGCUGGCCUAUCCCCAACAUAUGACAUUACUCCAUCAAAUGCGGUUGUUGUUCCAGUUGGAGCCGCACUGGCUAUUGCAGUUGUUAGCUGUGCAUUUGGAGCAUUAGCUUGCUUCUGGAGGACUCAACAGAAGACUCGCAAGCAAAGAAAAACUUGGAAUUGAGUUGCACUAAGAACAAGUGAACCAUUACACAACGAGCUAAUGGAUUAUUGUCCGCCCGAAUGUCUUUCUACCAUUAUAUAACAAGUGAACCAGUAUCUUUUGGCUGUUCACCUGGCAAUGAAUUGUACAAUAUUUAAUACUACAUUUUCCUGAUAGGAUGCUGAAGUCAUUCGAUGAGAAGAUAGGUGAAGUAGGUCAUCACAAAUUGAAAGAUGAGAAUUUCCUCUUCUAAAAUUCUGUAAUCAGAUCUUCUUACCAUUAUGCUAUCUGAACCAUGUAUCAAACCAAAGAGAUUAUGUAUUUUUAUUUUAUUAUCAUCUUUGUUCACAAUAAUCUGAAUUUUUUAGUCAGGUAUUUAUUUUCUCUUCAAAAUAUGCUAUAUAA